CUGAUCGCCGCGUGACGUCACGACGCCGCUCUAUCGCCUCGGGACGCGGCCGGGGUCUUGUCAACCUGGGAGCAGCGGCGAUUAUCACCGUCGAUUGUUGUUAUUAUAAUUCAUCGACGUGGUGUGUCAAUAACCACGUUGUGAACCGGUAGGGAGGUGCGUGUUGGUGUUGUUGUGGAGAGGAAGAAGGCCCCCCGCCAGCCUCCAGGAGGAAGAGCGAGGGAAGCGAACAUCUCGCCGGCGGCUUCAUGGAGAAGUGCGACAAAGCCGAGUCCAUCCUCAAAGGCUUCACCCUCAACUGGAUGAACCUGCGGGAUGCAGAGAGUGGCAAGGUGCUGUGGCAGGGCACGGAGGACCUGUCGGUGCCCGGGGUGGAGCACGAAGCACGCGUGCCCAAGAAGAUUCUAAAAUGCCGCGCGGUGUCUCGGGAGAUCAACUUCUCAUCCGCUGAACAGAUGGACAAAUUUCGCCUGGAGCAGAAGGUGUUCUUCAAGGGACAAUGUCUGGAAGAGUGGUACUUUGAGUUUGGGUUUGUGAUCCCCAACUCGACCAACACCUGGCAGUCGCUCAUCGAAGCCGCGCCCGAGUCGCAGAUGAUGCCGGCCAACGUGCUCAAUGGAAACGUCGUAAUAGAGACAAAUUUUUUCGACGACGAAGUCCUCGUCAGCACCUCCAAGGUGCGGCUCUUCUACGUGUGAGCUUAUGUCGGGCGUCGCUCACCACUCGCUUGCUCACUUAUUUACACACUUCUACACUCAGCCAUUCAUUCACUCACUCGCACGCUCGCUCACUUAAUCACUUAUACAUCUGUUCACCCGCUCGCAUGUUAACCCUCUCGGCCACUAACUCAUUGACUCACCCAGCCACUAACGCCCUCACUCGCUCACCCAUCCACCCAUCCUCUUGCUCACUCACACCAGCACACCCAUCCACUGCACUUCCACAUAUGUGCUUGCCGACACAUUCACACUGACCCACACACUUGCACAUCAACAAAAGAAUUUCCUCGCCACACACCUACACUUGCUCACAUCACAAAUCCACCCACUCACCCGCACACCCACCCAUCCAACCAGAAACCCACCCAUCCAACCAGAAACCCACCCAUCCAACCAGAAACCCACCCAUCCAACCAGAAACCCACCCAUCCAACCAGAAACCCACCCAUCCAACCAGAAACCCACCCAUCCAACCAGAAACCCACCCAUCCAACCAGAAACCCACC